AUAGCAUUCUCUACUUCCAUUCUUUUAAAUAUCCUUUAUUUUCAAGCUGCACUUGGAGUCCUAGCAAAUAUGUCUCUUCUUGGCUUCUAUAUUUUCAUAAUCAUAGGUCACAGACCUAAACCCACUGACUUGAUCUCCUGUCAACUGACCUUCAUUCACAUAAUGGUGUUCCUCACUGGAGGGGAUCUUUUGCUUACAGAUAUAUUUGAGUCACUGAACAUUAAUAAUGACUUCAAAUGUAAGGCAACUUUUUACAUAAGCACAGUGAUGAGAGGCCUCUCUAUCUGUACCACUUGCCUCCUCAGUGUGUUCCAGGCUGUUACAAUCAGUCCCAGUACCUCUUUGUUGGCAAAAUUUAAGCAUAAACUAAAGAAAUACAUGAUCUAUGUUUUCUUAUGUAUUUGGUCAUUCUGUUUUUCCUACAGUAGUAGCCGAAUCUUCUAUGCUCUCGGUUUUACUAAUGCGAGUGAGACCAACCAGAUGCAGGUCACUAAAUCCUGCUCACUCCUACACAUGAACUACAUCAUCAGGGUAUUGGUUUUUACAGUGACAACCUCCAGGGAUGUGUUUCUUGUAGGAAUCAUGCUGACCACAAGUACAUACAUGGUGAUUAUCUUGUGCAGACAUCAGAGGCAAUGCAAGUAUCUUCACAACAUCAGCCACAUGAGAGCAUCUCCUGAGAAAAGGGCCACCCAGACUAUCUUGCUGCUGGUGGUUGUCUUUGUGGUCAUGUACUGGGUGGACUUCAUCAUCUCAUCCACCUCAGUCCUGUUGUGGAUGUACAACCCAGUCAUCCUGAGGGUUCAGAAGUUUGUGAUGUAUGCCUUUCCCACAAUUACUCCUUUGGUACAAAUCAGUUCUGAUAACAGAAUAAUAAUUAUGAUGAAAAACAUGCAUUCAAAGCACCUCCAGAGUCUUUUUUAA